UCCAAUACAAAUCAUCAACAUUUAAAUUGUUUGAAUUUUCUGUAGUUAUUGAAGGGCCUGUCGGUACAAGGCAUCCAAGUUAUCAUGUACAACUACGUAGUUACAGCUCAUAAAGCUUCAGCAGUCACUCAUGCAGCAGUUGGAUCGUUCCUUAGCCCAAAUAAUAGGGACCUUAUACUCGGAAAGUGUUCGAGAAUGGAGAUAUAUUCUCUUUCUUCAGAGGGUCUUGUCCCAGUGAUAGAACUGCCGAUAUACGGAAGAAUAUCGGUGAUGAAGCUUUGUAGAUUUCCUGAUGACCUCCAAGAUAGUUUAUUCUUUCUUACCGAGAAGUAUAAGUUUGCAGUCUUGAGGUGGAACACCCAAACAGGGGAAUGUGACACUAUUGCGGGAGGUGAUGUUCAUGAUCGAAUAGGGCACCCCACUUCAGCAGGUCAUAUUGGUAUCUGCGACCCUUCUAUGACUUGCUUUGGUUUGCACUUGUACGAUGGCCUGUUUAAGGUCAUACCAACGGACUUUAAGAAGGAAGCUUUCAAUAUACGAUUAGAAGAACUGGACGUACUAGAUAUUCAGUUUCUAUAUGGACACUCCAAACCUACCAUAGCUGUCUUAUAUACAGAUAGUGAAGAAAACAGACAUUUGAAGACUUAUACAGUAUCAUUGAAAGAUAAAGACUUUGGAAACGGACCACUUUUUCAAGGCAAUUUAGAGUCUGGAGCCUCGAUGCUUAUUCCUGUCCCAACACCUAUAGGUGGUGUCGUUGUGCUUGGGCAAGAGACGGUCACUUAUAUUUCAGGCAGUGGUUUGAGAGGCUAUCACUCUAUACCUGUUUCUGCAACUAUUUUCCGUGCAUACGGCAGAAUAGAUAAGGAUGGUACUCGAUAUCUUCUGGGAGACGAGAAGGGUAUAUUAUAUUUACUUGUUUUGGAACAAUCCACUUCUUUAAGUACCUUUACCGAAACUGAAACAAAAAUAACAGGCUUGAAAAUACAAACUUUAGGAGAGACUUCACUACCUUCCACAAUCGACUAUUUAGACAAUGGUUUUGUCUAUAUUGGAAGUUGUCAUGGUGAUAGCCAACUGAUUAGGUUACUAUCUGAACCUCAUCCUGAAACGGGUUCCUUUCUUGAGGUGAUGGAAACAUAUCCUAACUUGAGUCCUAUUGUUGACUUUUGUGUGAUGGAUGCGGAGAGACAAGGUCAAGGCCAAGUUGUGACAUGUUCAGGCGCUGCAAAAGAUGGAAGUUUAAGAAUUAUUCGAAAUGGUAUUGGAAUUCACGAACAAGCGUCUGUAGAAGUUCCAGGAGUAAAGGAACUUUUUUCAUUGAAAAGAAGCUCUCUAUCUUCUCAACAUUCUUUGUUGUUGUUGUCAUUUGCUUCCGAGUCACGAGUACUGGAGCUCGUCAGUACCGAAUUAAUGGCAGAAGCAAAUUUUCCGGUAUUUGAAAUGCAGGAACCCACUUUGUAUUGUGGAAAUGUUGUCGGAGAUUGUAUUGUGCAAAUUACACCUUCCAAGGCACGCCUUAUAUCAUGUGAAGACAUGUCUAUCGUAAAUGAAUGGCAUCCUCCUAGUGGAUUUCGAAUUUCGGUUGCUAGUGGAAAUUCUAUGCAAUUGAUUAUAGCGACGACUGGUGGAAACCUUAUUUAUUUUGACAUCGACGCAAAUCCAAAAAGGAUAAUGGAAAAGUCGUAUAAGAGUUUGGAGUAUGAAAUUUGCUCAUUGGAUAUUUCACCGUUGGGGCAAGCGGGUAUGAAUUUGGCAUCGCAAGCUAUUCCAUCCAGUUUUGUUGCGGUAGGAAUGUGGACAGAAGUCUCCAUUCGUUUCUAUUCUUUACCUUCCUUGGACCUGAUUCAUACAGAAAAGUUGGGUUUGGAUGUGAUUGCGAGGUCUCUUUUGUUUGUUACCAUGGAUGGAGAGGACUACUUUUUGGCGGCUUUGGGAGAUGGUCGACUAUUAACAUAUAGAUUGGAUAAGUCAGCCAAAGAUACGGAUAGUGAAAAGAAGUUCUUAUACGAUCAGCGCCAAAUGAGCAUUGGAACACAACCUGCAUCCCUAAGCAUCUUUGAAACGCAAAAUGCUUUACAUGUUUUUGCUGCUUGCGAUCGGCCAACAGUAAUUCAUUCUUCAAGUGGAGGUGGAAAGUUAUUAUGCUCCAAUGUGAACCUCCGAGAAGUGACUCGCGUCUGUAGCUUUAGUUCCGAAGCGUUUCCAGAUUGUUUGGCCUUAGUUACAGAGGGCUCGCUCCUUCUGGGUACAGUAGACAAUAUACAAAAGUUGCACAUUCGAACCAUUCCAUUGGGAGAACAGCCUAGAAGAAUAGCACAUUUAGAUACACAUCAUGUCUUUGCGGUUUUAACAACCAAACAGGUCGUCACAAUAUCGGAAGAUGGUAAUGAAGCUCUCUCUGAAACUACAGAAGAGGGUUAUGUUCGACUCAUUGACGAUACGAUGAUGGAGAUUGUACAUUCCUACAAAUUGGAACAGUUUGAAACGCCUUGUUCCGUUAUUACUGUGAAUUUUGGCGACGAUGCUGCUGCAAAAGACAACCAGGACUAUUUCGUUGUAGGCACGGCAUACUCUUAUGCUGAUGAACCUGAACCUUCGCGUGGAAGAAUGUUGGUUUUUGCAGUUCGAGAGCAGCGUCUUACUUUGGUUGCAGAACGCACCUUUAAAGGAGCACUCUAUUCUAUGGAUGCUUUCAAUGGAAAAAUCCUUGCCAGCGUGAAUUCCAUGUUGAAACUUGUGAGAUGGUCGGAAACCGAAAGUGGUGCUCGAACCUUGACAGAAGAAUGCACUUAUCACGGAAGCAUUUUCAUUUUACAGAUCAAGUGUUUGGGAGAUUUUAUUCUUAUUGGUGACUUGGUGCGCUCGGUUAGCUUACUUGCGUACAAGCCAAUGAAUGGUACUAUUGAAGAUGUUGCUCGAGAUAUCGAUCCUAGUUGGAUAACUGUGAUAGAAAUGCUUGACCUUGAUUACUAUAUAAGUGCCGAAAAUUGUUUCAAUUUGUUCACUUUGAAACGGAAUUCAGAUGCAUCGACCGAAGAAGAACGCUCUAGAUUAGAGAAAGUUGGAGAAUAUCAUUUAGGGGAACUCGUCAAUCGUAUUAGACAUGGAAGAUUGGUCUUGCAGAUUCCAGAAUCAGGAAUUUCUAUACUAAAGUCGUUGUUGUAUGGUAUGUAUAUAUGCUUUGAUGAUAACUUAAAGGAGCUAUUUAUGCAUAAAUAUCGGUUCAAUUUAGGAACUGCGAAUGGAGCUUUGGGUGUGAUAGCAUCCAUCGACGAAAAGACCUUUCAGUUCCUCCAUUCUUUACAGACAGCGUUGAACGAAGUUAUCAAAGGUGUUGGUGGCAUUCAACAUGAGGAUUGGAGAAGAUUCACAAGCGAGAGAAGGAUAGGUGAUUCCAAGAAUUUUCUGGACGGGGAUCUCAUCGAACGGUUCUUGGACUUGAGUCGUGAUAAGAUGGAACUCGUUGCAAAGAAGGUGAAUGUUCCAGUCGAAGAGUUAGCUAAACAGGUGGAGGAGUUGACAAGAAUACACUAAUAGGCCAAUGUUGAAGUAGCCUAUUCUGAAGCUAUUUUUAUAUACUUUUAUGUGUACAAGAUUCAACUGGGAACAUGCCGAUAUACUAUAUUUUGUGAUAAAAGUAAAUCUUUUGCUUGUUUU